AUGGACACCAUUGACAAGAACGAAAACCCUGCUCUGGCCUUUGAAGGCUGGACAGAGCAUGCAAGUCGAGAUCGCAUCAGCACCGAUACCAAGGUACACCAGCUACUCAGCGCUGCAUACCCGGGUCACCAUGUUACACGCACACAGACAUCGUCCUGUAAUCUUUUGGGUUUCGCUGACGCCGGUUACGCAACCAAAACCCCGGAUCGUCCACGUGGCUACGAGGCUAUUCGCAAGUUUGUGGCCCCGAAACUUCGAUACGAAAAGGACAAUGACAAACUUGAGGAUGAGACCGAUGAGCUUCUUCUGGUAGCCGGGAAGUGGACGAAAGAGAUGCACGAUGAAAUAUGGGUCUUUGACAACCAGCAGUGGAUGAAGGAUAAGGAGUUAUACCGGAGUGUUCUUGGAGCGUCGUGGGACGAUGUCAUUCUUGACCCGAGCAUAAAGUCGAGCCUGGCUCAAGAUGUCGAGCCCUUCUUUAACAAUCAGUCUUUGUAUAAGACACUCCGGGUGCCAUGGAAGCGCGGUGUGAUUCUUCAUGGGGUACCGGGAAAUGGAAAGACCGUGUCUAUCAAGGCGAUCAUCAACUCAUUGGCGGCACGCAAUCCUCCGGUCCCCGCCAUGUACGUGAAAUCGCUCGACGGAUGUUCGCACCCAAAAGUCGCCAUGCAGCAAAUCUUUUCCAAGUCACGAAUUGUCGCUCCAUGCCUUCUGAUCUUUAGGACCUCGACAGCCUGGUCGAGGACAAGACACGCAGCUACUUCCUCAACGAGGUCGAUGGACUUGACUCCAACGAAGGCAUCCUAA